AUGGCGACUACUGCUGCUGCUGCGGAUUACGACAGCAUAGUCGAUUCAAUUUGGAAAGAUCGAAUUGAACGAGCGUUAAAAUACGUUAGUCGAGCAAUCGAUUUAAAACAACGAUCCGAUGCUGCACCAUUGCUUGCAAAGAUUGCUGAACAAUACAAUCGCAUUCGUCGACCACGUAUUUUGUCCGAAAUGAUAUCCGAUGAAAAUCAUUCAUCUCUCUACACGAACUGUUCCUUCGAUGAACUUACUGGUGAUAAAAUGACCUGUUCGCUUUCGAUAUUACCACAAAUCGAUCAAUUACCAAAUAUGUUUACUUAUGUUUCCCUGCAGAGCAAUUUCUUAUGUGAUACGAUUACAAAUCUAUCUAAUUUAGUUUUUGAUGAAAAUGACGAAGACGUGAAAAAUCUUCUCAUUUCCAUACAGUCAGAUUCCUUCACCGAACAACAGCAAUCUAUUCGACUUUUUUCAUCUAUGAAACGUAUGAAUCGUUCAUCGAAAACGUCAUUUUUAAAUGAUCGGAACAAUGAAUUUAUAUUCGAUGAAGAACAUCUCUUGGAUUUAUUGAAACGUCUCAAACAACAAGCAGAACACACAUCAUCACCGAUGACAUCGGAUGACGAAGCCAAUUUGUUCAAUUCAUUAAUUAAAUUUUACCCAUCCUCCGCGGAUUUAAUCCGAGAUCGAUUUGGUACGAUAUUCGAAUCAAAACGUUUACCACCGAAAGAAUUCACUCCGAAUAUUGACAAUAGUUCAUUAGCACUUGAUACAACCUUAGAGAAUACAUUACACUCCUAUUUUAUGUUGUUCUGCCGACGGUGCCAUCGGUACGAUUGCUUUUUGCAUAAAGAUAAGCCAGUUACUCCGAUUUUGAAUAAACCAUCGAAAAUGUCCAAUCAUAUCUAUCGUCCCUGUAGUCUUCAAUGUUAUCAAAGAAAUCCGAAGUCGUGCUUUCAACAACGACGAGCCAAUCUCGAACUUAAACGAAGUUACAGCGAACUGUUGGAUAGUAAACCAUCGACAAAUGGUUUACACUCCAAACGUACGAAAUCUAAUUUGAUCAAAGCCGAUGAAAUUUCUUCGACAUUCGAUUUUAAUUUCUCUCGGAAUGGUUUGCUUUUCAAACCGUCCUUGAAACGCAAAUCAACGGAUGAAUUAGCGCACUGGUCAGUAAGUGACAAGUCAUUAUUCCGUGUUUUUUACAAAAUCUUUGGCGACAAUAUAUGUAUGAUCGCUGAUCUGAUCGAUAAGCCAUGCUCACAAGUUUAUACGUUUCAUUUAAAUGAAAUUGAAAUCAAUGAAAAAAAGUUAUUUCUACAAAAACAAUUAUCAUCCAUUGGACCUUUAUUAGACAUGACGACAUCGGAUUCGAUUGAUGUGAAAAUAAAUGGUGUCUAUAAGAAGAAGAUCAAUGGUGAUUCAGCCGAUAUGCAUGGAAUGGAGAAUGAAAUGAAUAUGUGCAAUGGUGAUGAUAAGGAUCAUCAACAAUUAACAAAUGGAAAUCGAUCUUCAUCAUCAUCGCGUCGUUCGCAUUCAUCUUCGCUUCGUCGUCAACGUAGUCACCAGCAUCUGCUACUAAGUCAUCAUAAUAAUUUGUUACAAGAACAAAAACGGCAUACCUAUUAUCCAUGCGACCAUGAUCGUUCACUCCCAUGCAAUGAACACUGCUAUUGUGUUCGUUCGGGGAAUUUUUGUGAAAAGUUCUGUUGCUGCGAGUCAACCAAAUGUGAUAAUCGCUUUCCUGGUUGUCGUUGUCGAUCAUCUUGUACCACAAAGCAAUGUCCAUGUUAUGCUGCAGCACGCGAAUGCGAUCCGGAUCUGUGUACACAAUGUGGCGCCGAUGAUUUUCGAAAUGGAAAUGCUAACAGUGACGAAUUAAUUACUAGAUCAACGUGUUCCUGUCAUAAUGUUGCCAUACAACGUAAUUUACAUAAACCAUUGCUAUUAGCAGAAUCAGAUGUUGCUGGUUGGGGAAUUUUCACUCAAGUGAACAUUCAACGAAACGAAUUCAUUGCUGAAUAUUGUGGAGAAAUUUUAACGCAAGAUGAGGGUGAAAUACGUGGACGAAUGUAUGACAUGAUAGGUACAAGUUUUCUAUUUGAUCUUAACGAAGAAUAUAUGGUUGACGCGACGCGUCGCGGAAACAAAAUUCGUUUUGCUAAUCAUUCAAUCAAUCCGAAUUGUUACGCGAAAGUCAUUAUGGUUAAUGGUGAUCAUCGAAUUGGAAUCUAUUCGAAACGAUUCAUAGCAGCAGGAGAUGAAUUGUUUUUUGAUUAUCGUUAUGGUGCCAAUCACCACUUACGUUUUGUUGGUGUAGAAAAACAUGAUCAUGGAGAUCAACCUGAUACACUGUUGCUGUGA